CCCCUGUUCCCCUGUUCCGCUGGCCGCCGGUAGAGGGCGAGGGUGUCGGGCUGAAUGGCUGCUUCCAGGUUGGGACUUUUCUGAGAGAAAGAAUUCCUUAAAAAAUGUUCUUCUUUCGGACCGAACGGGGAAGCGAGCAGCAUAGAUAUAUAUCCUUAAAAGGUGUAAUGAGACACUAACACGCUUUGAAGGAUUUCUUUCAGGAAUUCACAUGUUUGUGCGAGUAUACUUUCAUGCAAGCUGUUCAAACCUAAAAAACUUCAAAUUCUUCCCAAAAAAUCAGAAGAAAAAGGAUUUAUUAAGUAUUUUCAGGUUGAAACAAUCCAAGUUUGGGAAUGUAUUGUGAAAUGAUUUGUAACUCUUGUAAUUCGUGCUGUCUAAAUGAGGAUUUCUAUUUUUAUGGUGUUAAUUGGGAAAUCGGAAUUACAAGAAUGAAGAAUGAGAUUUGUUUGUUUCAUUGAAGAGAAGAAAAAAAAAAUAUUUAUUUAAAACUUUAUAGAAUAAUUAUGAAAAAGAAAAAUAGCUAUUGGAGAACGUCUGCACUAAAUAUGAACAUGGACAAACUUUAAAAAAUUCAUAAUAAUUGAAUGAAAAAAUUUAAAAAGAAAAAAGAAAAGCAUCGACACAGCAAAUUUAACGAAAAAGUACGGAAAUGUCGAUCACUAAACUUUGUGUAAAGUCAUGAAAGUUUCAUCUGGAUUAUUUAGUAAGUGUGAACGUAUCGUUGAAAUAUGAAAAUCUUACGUUGGCGAAUCAAUGUUUGCCAAUGGGCAAGCAACCUACGUCUGUCUCUCAACACCACUUGCGAUCUCAUCAAAUUAAUGUACUUCAGUCUCUGUUACAACGCGUUCACCUCUCCCAGUCUAAUUCUAGAGACUGGUUUGGAACCAGUUUUUUGGAUCGUGGACCACUUUGCCAAAUACAUGGGACCCAUUCUGAUGUUUAUUGUUUUUGCGUUGUGUAGCAUUGGUCUUGUUAUAUUUUAUGUGAUUAUGAUACCUCGGUACCUUUCUUAUGGUUGGCACUGGUUCCUACCGAAUUUCAUGUUUGGAAAUUGGUUGUUGGUUAACACAGUAUUCAAUUAUGUGAUGGGCUGUCGCACGAAUCCAGGCCACCCACCUCAGAUUGUUCCCGAAGUGGUGUCCAUCUGCAAACGUUGUAUUUCACCGAAACCACCCCGGGCCCAUCAUUGCAGCGUUUGUAAGAAGUGUGUUCUUCGAAUGGACCAUCACUGCCCUUGGCUCAACAACUGUGUUGGCUUCUACAAUCACCGUUAUUUCUUUCUUUAUAUGGUCUACAUGAUGUCCGGCUGUCUCUAUGCAUGUGUUCUUUUCUAUCCAUUAUUCUACGAUAAUUUUUAUGUCGGCAAAGAAGUCGUAUUUCACGGAGUACUUUAUCCCCUUAAUAUGGCCUACCAGUUUUGGAUGUCUAAAAACAAAAGCUACACAUACAUAGCUAUCUCUAAUGGCACUUCUGUGAAACGAACUCCUCCUACUCAAUCUUUCAACCAGCUCACAUUAUCAGAUCAAAUUUAUCAUCAUUCUGUAAUUUUUGUGUUUUUCCUGGGGUUUGGUUGUGUUAUAGCUCUGUUUAUUCUCUCUUUGUGGCAUGCACGCCUUGUAAGUCGUGGUGAGACUAGUAUUGAAGUUCACAUUAACAAAAAUGAAAGGAAAAGGCUUAAAAAACUUGGACAGACAUAUGUGAACCCUUAUGAUUUUGGUUUUGUCCAGAACUGGAAGUUAUUCUUUGGCCUGACUGAAGGUAGGACAUUCUGGCGUCACAUUCUCUUUCCAUCACGACACAAGCCUCCAGGGAAUGGUUUACAGUGGAAAACAACUACAUUUACAGUGGAUAAUUUUGAAAAUAUUCAUGUGUUGUGACACAGUUUUGGUACAGCUUUAUCAAUUUUGUAUUGCAGCUCAAAUGUAUUUCAUUGAAAAAGUCCCAAUCAAAAUAGCUGACACUGAUGUUCUGUGAAUAUUUGUUGAAAUUAUGAAAUUGUUGUCUUGAAUUUCCUGUCAUAACAGAAAUAACUAGGGUAUAUAUUUAUAUUAUAACUAAGGUGUAUAUUUAGACAAGUAAUCAUUCACUUAGCCUCUUUUGUAAGUUAGACAUUAUAUAACUUUUCUUUUUUUUGCUGAAAAUAAUAAUGUAGCUUAAUUAUUUUUCUCUGAUUAAGUGAAGGAAUAUUAUUUUGCAUGGAAAUACUGUGAUUCAUAUGUUGUUGAAAUAAGUAAGAAAGUUAAGGUUACAAGAAUAGAUGUUAGUAUGUAACUUGGGAGUUAGUUGAAUGUUGCAAAUAGAUAUA